CCUGCAGCGUUAGGAGGUUAUGGAGAUCAUCUGCAAGGUUUCUGUGCUUUAGCGCAGCAAAACCACCACAAUGUAAACCAAAGAAAUGGCCAUUUUUCUAAGCUGUGGUCUUUAUAACGGGACCCCGUUGCUUGCACCAAAAAAGAAAACCAGCGAUCUGUCCGGAUGAAGACUAAUAUAUAUUUUACGGUUGAAUGUGCGCAGCUGUGAGUUGCCGGCCUGCUCUCAGUUCUUUAAUUCGUUGGUUUGUAUUCCUUUAAGAAAGCGUCUGCUUUCAGAUUCUAAAGCUGCCAGCCUCUUUUCAAACUCCUUGCGCGCGGGGGUCUGGGCUUUAUAAAGGCGAGCCGGCGGCUGGACUCGCAGUGCGAGUUCCCUGCAGAGACGCGACUCAGCCAAGGGACGUUGGUUUUUGCUGUUGCCGACAGCACGGCUGGAUGCUGAAGUAACAUUUCUUGAGAAGCAACCCUGCUCUGAUUCACGCAGCGACGAUGCAGCCUGUAGCUGGAAGACCCGCGGGGUCUCCUAUGAGGCUCCUGUCCCAGUAAAACCACAUCCUGAACAUCAGAUCCACCCACUAAACCCAGCCACUCAACGCCAGAGUCCUGGAGCCAUGGAGCUACCAAAGCUGCUUUACCUGAACAGCACCGGCCGGAGGAACAGCGCCCAAGCCUGGGAAGAUUUCCUGGAAGCCAGCCAGUGCAGGAGCUCUGUCGCGGGGACCACCUUCCUGAUCGUCGCCUACAGCACGGUGAUCGCCGUGGGGCUGAUCGGCAACACCUGCCUGGUGUUCGUCAUCUCGCGGCAGAAGGAGAUGCGGAACGUCACCAACAUCCUCAUCGCCAACCUCUCCUGCUCCGACAUCCUCAUGUGUAUCGUGUGCCUGCCCGUCACCGUCAUCUACACUCUGAUGGACCGCUGGAUCCUGGGGGAGGUGCUGUGCAAGGUCACCCCCUUCGUCCAGUGCAUGUCGGUCACCGUUUCCAUCUUCUCCCUGGUCCUCAUUGCCCUGGAGAGGCACCAGCUCAUCAUCAACCCCACGGGCUGGAAACCGGUGGUUGGCCACUCCUACCUGGCGGUGGCCGUCACCUGGUUGGUAGCCUGCUUCAUCUCCUUGCCCUUCCUGUCCUUCAACAUCCUGACGGACGCCCCUUUCCAGAAUCUCAGCCUGUCCUUUGAUCCUUUCCCGGACCACUUUGCCUGCAUGGAGCUCUGGCCCUCGGAGAAGCACCGCCUGGCCUACGCUACCUGCCUCCUCCUCUUCCAGUACUGCCUGCCCCUCUCCCUGGUUCUCCUCUGCUAUCUCCGCAUCUUCCUGAGGCUCCGGCGGAGAAAGGAUAUGGUGGAGCGCUCCAGGGAUUGCAGCGGUGGGCGGAAGUCGGGCAGGAGGAACAGCUGCCGGGUCAACGUCAUGCUGGCCUCCAUUGUGGCGGUCUUUGCCCUCUGCUGGCUACCCCUCAACGUCUUCAACACGCUCUUCGACUGGAACCACCUGGCCAUCCCCGCAUGCCAGCACAACCUCAUCUUCUCCUUCUGCCACCUCACCGCCAUGGCCUCCACCUGCGUCAAUCCCGUCCUCUACGGGUUCCUCAACAGCAACUUCCAGAAGGAGGUCAAGUCCAUCCUGUACCGCUGCCGCUGCGGAGGGACCCCCGAGAGCUACGAGAGCUUCCCGCUCUCCACCGUCAGCACCGAGGUCUCCAAGGCAUCCACUGCUCGUAACGGAUCAGUCAGCCUCAAUGCCUAGAGAGAGAGAGCGAGGGAGAGAGAGAGUGGGAGAGAGAGAGAGACAGAGAGAGGGGGGAAAGAGGGGGAGAGAGAGAGGGGGAGAGAGAGAGAGGGAGAGAGC